CCAGGUUGAAGCAAAAACCGGACAAUCAAAACUUUGAUGGAGUUGCUUUUUCUAUUAGGUGGAGCCCACAAUUUUUCACUAAAAUGACAAUUCUGGACAACUCACCUUCUUCAAGGAAUGGCCCCAGCCAUCUAUCUCCCCUCAGUCAACUGGUCUGGAGUUUGAACCAUUGUGAAAUUCCAAAUAUAACCUCUCCGGCCACCACUCCUCACCGGCUGGUCCGGUCAGCCACCUCUCAAAAACCCCCAGCUAGCCAGCAGCAAACUCAGCAUUUAAAAUAUCAUUACUAAUUUCAUUCUGUCGUUUUCUCUCUCUUUCACUCUCUCUCUCUGUUUCCUUCUUCCUUUUGUCUGACUUCUGCCAGAAUUAAACACUAAAGUCAUUUCCCAGAAAAAACCCAAACAGUAAUUUGAGGAAGAAAAAACAUCAAGCAGAAAACGUGUUUGACGGAGCAGAAAGCGUCAGUCUUUAAACCCUUCUGUUGGUUUAUCAAUGGCGAAGCCUUUGUAUCACCACAGGAGGAAACUGUCUAAUGUGCCUGUUGCCGGUGGUGGUGGGGGUAAUGGGUUGUCAUUUUCUUCAGGUAAAGACUCGUACGAUGACGUUUUUUCCGGUGGCCUUAAACCCAGGUCUGGAGGUGGAGUUGGAGCUCCUGGUUUCAGCUCAAGAAGGGUUGCUGUGGAGGAUUAUGCUGAGAUUUUUGGUGGCAAGAAUGGGGCCCACCACCGUGGCUCUUCGAUUCCGGUUCUUGAUCUUUCCGAACUCGAUGAUGGCGUCAAUGGGUCGGAUGUUUUCAGGGGCUCCGGUAAGAAAAUGGAUUACUCGAUGAUUUUUGGUGGAGGGGAUGAUGGUGAUGAGCCUUCUGCUGCUCCUGUUCCGGCUUUUGACGAAUUGUUCAAUGGAGUUAAAAGGGCCAAAAGAAAUGAAGUUAAAACUAGGGUGCCGGCCGAAAAUGGAUCUCCUCUAAAAGGACCAGAUCGUUUAAAUGUGUCUCAUAACAUGAAAAGCCACUCGUGUGAUGGACCUGCUCCAGUUUUGGAUGGUGAAAAGCAGUUUAAUAUGUCUUUUCAUAAAACUGGUGAACGGAGGAAAGAUAUCUUAAAUGGGACUACACACAUAGCUCAAUUAAAUGCUGUUCCUGGCUUUACAUAUGUCAUUGAUGAAACUGCUCGUCUACGAGAUACUCAACAGAAUAAGUCAAUGCCUCCGAUUCCAUCAGAAGGAAACCAUCACCGGAGCUCCAGCGAUCAUCUACAAAGUAACAAAAAGGAUAAGGCAAUGCCUCCAGUUAAAGUGGAAGUUGAUACUAAGAGCCCUGCUCCUGAUCAAUCUGAUGAAAAAUUUGGGAGACGGACCAAAUGGCAGAUCCCCACCACAAAGUCUUCUGAGUUUUCAGUUAAACAUAAAGUUGAAUGUAACAGGAGGGAUGAUGAUUGCCUGAAGGAUAACUUGCUACAUUCUGAUGAUUCUGGCCUUGAUUCACAUUUACCUAAAGAGCCAUCACCAUCUUGUUCUUCAGCCAAUCUAAAAGAUAGCAAGGGCCAAGUCAAGCAAUCAUAUGUAUCAAGUUUUGGUUCUAAGUCUGAGGGUUCUGAGGCCAUUAGUGGUUGUGCAACUUCUGAUGAGGAACUUGAUGUUAAUUCAGCUGCAGCUGCUUCCGUGGAAGCUCUGAGGAAAGCCAUUGAGCAGGCACAAGAAAGCAUAAGAAUCGCAAAAGAAAAGAUGGAAAGGAAAUCACGUCCCAGGGAUAGCUUGAAAGCCAAUGGUGGAUGUGAAAUUAAUCAUGCGCAGGAAACAAACGGUGACAAAGAAAACAAUGUCAAGGAAACAGGUAAAAGUCCUGAAAUGAAAGUGAAAGAUCCCAUUAGAUCUACUCAUGAAUCUGAGUUGGGAAAUAGUGGAUUUGUUUCAGGAUUCACUCAGAAAGAGAAGCCUGCCGCUGGCAGACAGGCUGUGAGUGAAAAUGUUGAAGUAUCUGGAGACAACGGGGUGGCGACUUGGUUUAGUCAGCUGCUAAACAAUGGGAAGCAGAAAAUGGCAGCAUUGGCAUCUGAGCUCGUAGUUAAGAAAAAUCAAAUAUUGCAACCUGGGGAUAAAGAUAUGGACAAUUGUGAGGACAUCAAGCCAGCAAAGGAGAGCUUGAAGGUCAAUGCUAUGGACGAAGUAAAUAGUGUCAAUAGCAUCCGUCAGGGGGUAAGUACAGAUGCAAAGCUAAAUGUUCUUCAAAGCUCAGAGCUAAAUGAAAGUAUGGUUGAUUCUGGCUCAUCACCCAAUGUAAAUGAUGUGAGACCAGGUGACUCUCCUAUGUCUGCUAAAAACGAUGAAGUAACAACCUGCAGACAACAUGGUUUAGAUAGAGAGGAAUGCAACGAGUUGAAAACUGACUCUUUUUGGGAAACGUUUACUGACAUGCAGUCUGAGCUUCCCAAAGCUUGGAAAGAUUUACCAGAAAGUAAUUCACUGGAGGUAGAGGAAAAAUCUAUUGAACCAAAAGCAGGGAAUAAAGUUGAGAUCAUUUCUGUAGGGGAUAACAGUGAUGGCAAAAUAGGUGAAGUAGAAAGUAACCUGCAGCAGGAAGAGCUUCGACUUGGAUUGGAUACUAAAGAAGGGGCUGCAGAUAAAGAGAAUGAUGAGUCUAAACUGGCCACAGACAUAGAAAGUGAUGGAAAGAGACCGGAAGAUGACCUUAAGGAACAUUUGGAUGGUGGUAAUGAGCAAGAAAGUGAUAGCCAGAGACUUGCUAAGUCGGUUGAGCACGAAGAAAGCCAGAUAUUCUCAGAAGAAGAAGAGUUACAGGAAGAGAUUGAAAGAAUUCCAGCAGAACUUCAUAAAAAUGAAGAAGCAGGUAGCAUGGAUGAGGAUGCUUAUAACAGCUCGUUAGAUAAGAACACAAACGUGAAUGAAGAGCUUGAGGAAAGUGUAGAAAAGUCCAGGGUGCACUUAUUUGAGCAGGUUGUUCAUGAGCAGAAAUCUGAUACAAUUUUUGAUAAGUACAGUGCCAAUGGAAUUGAGAACUUAGUGGACUUCGAGGACUCAUCCAGAUCUUUCAUGGAAAACAAUUGUGAGCAAACUAGUGAGAGAACUGAAACUGUGGAAGAGAAGGAAGACCGAGAUGAGUUUACCGCAGAAUUUAGCCGACAGGAAUCAGGAGAGGAUGAAUGUGUGGUUGACAAUGUAGGCACUAAUGAAUAUAUGUAUGAGUUGGAUGGAGAUGCUGAAUCAGAAAAAGCAGCUGAAGAGGCAUCAUGCGUGGAAAGAGAGCAUAAAUUAGAAACUUCUUCUGUGGAUCACAUUGACUCUGAAGAGAAUAUUAUGGAAAGCACAGUGCAUGAUAUUUCCGAUGCUCCUGCUUCUGGUUCAUCUGGAAGUACAUUAAUGUUUGACUUUGAACAUGUUGUUCGUGAAUCAGAACUGGAGGAUAUAGGGACUGAUAGCUUCAGUUACAACGGUAUUGACAGGGAUGUUAUAGAUAAUCAAAAUGCUACUGAGGCUUCUGCAGUUAAUGAUUCAUCAAAUUCUGAUUUGAAUGACUUGAAUCAACAAUCAGAAAUUCAUGAAAUUGAUGACCAGGAAUUUACUCACAUCACUGAGAAUUUGGAAGAGACAGUUCGUGAAGUGGGUGGGAGGGAUCAGAUAGAGAGUGAUAUAGAAUCUGAAUCUUCAUUGCAUCAUGGCUUUGUUCAUGAAUCUGGAGGAACUGUAGAAACUGGCCACAUGGCUGAGAUUCACUCUGAGAAAGAAGUUGAAAAAGAUAAUACUGAGAAGUGUCCUAAAGAACAACAGUGGGUUCAAAAUGAAAAGGAAUCAGAAGGGUCUCAUUUUUCAGGGGAAGAAGACAUAGAAACUAAUUCAGAUGGGAAAACAGACCAAAGUUCAGAAAACUACGAGGAGGAUUUUAGCAGAACAUUUGUGAAGGAAACGAAGGAAACUAGAGAACCUUUUCAAAAAGAAGAGGCGGGAAAAGAUGACAUUGGAACUAGCGAAGCAAAAAAGAGGGACAGAGAACGGGAGAGAGAUAGAAUGGCAGUUGAAAGAGCCAUCCGCGAAGCUCGUGAGAGAGCUUUUGCUGAAGCUCGAGAACGUGCUGAAAGAGCUGCCGUAGAGAAAGCAACGGCUGAAGUUAGGCAAAGAGCAAUGGCUGAGGCCCGGGGGAAGCUUGACAAGGUAUCCUCCAGUGUGAAAGCGCCAGUUGAUAAAGCUUCCAUUGCUGCCAAGCUUCGAGCAGAACGUGCUGCAGUGGAGAGAGCUACCUCAGAGGCUCGUGAACGUGCCCUUGAAAAAGCCAUGUCCCAGAAAACUACUGGUGAGACAAAACCGCAGUCAGAAAGAGAUGCAUCUGGAAAGUUUUCUGGUGCUUCCAGAGAUGCUGGACUUAAGCAUAGUUACUCUUCUUCUGAUCUAGAUAAUUUUGACGGAAACAGCAGUGAAUCAGCUCAAAGAAGGAAAGCAAGGCUAGAGAGGCAUCAGAGAAUAAUGGAAAGAGCGGCAAAGGCACUUGCCGAGAAGAAUCUUCGGGACGUUCUUGCUCAAAGAGAGCAAGCUCAGAAAAACAAACUGGCAGAAACUCUUGAUGCGGAGAUUAAAAGAUGGGCUAGUGGGAAGGAGGGAAACUUGCGGGCACUGCUUUCAACGCUGCAAUAUAUACUGGGGCCAGCUAGUGGAUGGCAGCCAAUCUCUCUGACUGAGAUUGUUACGACUGCUGCAGUUAAGAAAGCUUACAGGAAGGCAACUCUUUAUGUUCAUCCCGACAAAUUGCAACAAAGGGGUGCUAGCAUUCGGCAAAAGUACAUAUGUGAAAAAGUUUUCGAUCUUCUUAAGGCAGCAUGGAACAAGUUUAAUUCAGAAGAGAGGUGAACAAUGCCAUGAAGGCUUCUAUUUGGUAGAUGUUGCAAAGCAACCGUGACAUAGUUUUAUCCUGUAGUGGGAUAGUGAAUCUGUAAACAUAUUCGAAAAAUUCUCUUUUCUCAGUUGGCGAUAAUCAAAAUUCUUACAAGCAGUGGCUUCAAAACAAAAGGUUUAACCCCGUCUAAUUGACUCA